UGGAAAUAAUCAUGGGCGAGAGUUCAUGUUCCAGACCACAGCAUGGCAAAAAGAAACUGCUGCCACGGCCCCAGUCAUUAUCCAUCAAGAAAGAUGAGAGGACAUUGGCUUUGGACUCCAGCCCAGACAAGGCAUCCACCUCACUUCCUAAAAAGAGAAAGCUGCAGAUGGCAAGCCCCCUGAAAAAAGGGAUGUGUCCCACAGCUGCUUUGGAGCUUCAAAAGUUGAGGGGCAAAGUUGAACUGAUGGAACAAAAGAUCAAAAUGCUGGAACAAGUGAAUUCGGAUCUGAAGGAUGACAAAGAAUUUUUGCUCAGCCAGAUAAAAUCAUCGGCUCCUCAGCUGAAGAGGCAAACCAUUCAGACUUCAUCAGAUGACGAAUCGAGCACAUCAUCAUACACGUCCAGUUCUUCAGAGGAGGUGCCAAAAAAGAAAAAGAAGAAAAAGUCUUCUCGUGGAUGUGAUAACGAGAGUCUUCAACUUGGCAACAGCAGGACCCGUAUGAAGACGAUUGAAGGGGUCAUAAAACGCUAUAAGCUGGCACUGAAGUCGUACAGAAGAUGUGGCUCAAUGAAGAGGGCGUUUGAAAAGCAAAACGUCGACAGAAACACGAUUGCGCGAACUGCUCCAAUUGCAGAGCUUUACAUAGCAUUUCCAGAUGCCUUUGCUGCUUUGCCAGAAUGGAAUGACACAGUUGAGAAGAUGUCAGCAUAUGCUGAACGUUGUAGGCAAGCAAUUACUAGUGACAUGGCUCAGCAAAUUCUAGAAAUGAAAAAGAAACACCUCCUUCUACCAAUUGUGUAUAAGCUCACAUAAAAGUUAAGUUGAUAAAAUAUUGGUGAUACAAAGGCAUCUGAAUAUGUAAACUUCAUUUAGGUUUGUGGUCAUUUUCUUUUGUUACUUAACAUUGUUUGUAGGAAAUGUUAAGUAAUUAAAGCCUGUGUUUAAAUAGGAUGUCUUAGAAUUUUGGGUAACACUUUAUUUGAAGGCUACCUACAUAAGGGCUUUAUGAUGCAUUCA